AUGUUUCAGACAAAAUUCCAAGGACCAUUAUUUACUGCGUACUAUAGUGUCGGGAGUCGUCCACUGGAUAAUUGGGCAGUUCAUCAGUGUAAAGAAGGAGAAAUGCAACAGGUCCUAGAUGAAGAAAUCAAGUCCAAUGUACUCCAAAUACAGUCGCCAAACGUGAAUGCCUGUUAUAUAACCAGUCCAUUGAAUUCCAAAAGUUCGCUGGGUGUUCGGCUGCCGAUAAUGACGUUGUUGGUGAAAAACCUCGGUCAAUUUUUUACGUUUGAAAUCACGAUUUUGGACAGCGAAAACAUUCGCCGGCGUUUGCGCGUGAGCAACUACCAUACGAGCAAAAAGCUGAGCACGUUCAUGGUUACGAUGCCGAUUUGUUUGAACGAGGAUUGGAACCAUCUGAACGUGAAAUUGGCAGAGAUCACGAGCAAAUCGUUCAAUACGACCUAUGUAGAGACGGUCCGCGUACAGGUGCACGCAAACUGUCGUCUGAGGAGGAUAUAUUUCAGUGAUCAGAUGUACAGAGACGAUGAGCUGCCGAACGAUUACAGAAUGCUCGGGACGAAGGACGCGCGGGGAAAAUCGAAGAGCACGUUGAAGAAAAAGGCGGUGACCGUUGACAAAAAAUCGACGGGCGACAGGCUAUAG